AUGGGGUGCAGUCGCCUAAGGCUGCUCGUCGUAACAACUGAAAAUGUUUGCAAUGGAAAUGUUCCCAACUAUGAUAAUUCACAGUUAAUGCAACAAUAUUCAAAUGAUAAAGAAAAUAUACCUCCUACUGUAAUAAAUGAACCAUCUGAAAAUAUAUCCUGGAAUAAUAUGUUCGACCCCGAUACAAUACAAUAUUGUGCUAAAAAUAAUACCCAAAAAGACAUUUCACCUUAUAAGGAAUCUCGCAUAGAAAUAUUCAAUAGCAAUGAAAACCUCAAAAAAAACCUUGCUAAGCCACAAAUAAAAAAAACAAUCUUACCUAAUAAAAACAACGAGAAACUAAACUUUCGUAAAGCAAAAUACACAACAACUGUUAACAACUGGUUAAAUGAUAUAAAUACUAUUACUAGUGUGGACAAAGAAUCCAUUGAUAGUCACCAAAACCAAGAAAAUGGUUGUAAAUCUCAAAGUAGAAUUAUGUUUAAUAAAGAAAGGAAGAAAAAAAGGUGUAUACAAGCACAACUUGCUAAUAAAGAUGGAGUUAUGAAAUAUAAGAAACCUAAGUUUAACGACUUGGUAGUAAAUAACGAAAAUGAUCAUAAAAUUUCUCCGGAUAGAAACAAUAAUAGAUCCGAACCUAUAAAUGACAAUACAGUCAACAAGUGUAAGCUAGAACUUAAAAGUGGAGUUUUUAAUGAGAAAAAAGCAAACCCUAAGAAAUUAUUUGGUUCACUAAAAGAACCUAAUAUUCCUUCUGAAACAAUAAACGAAUCAGAUGUUAAGUUAGUAAAAGAGAAAAAACCUAAAGCUAAAAAAUUCGUGGCCCCGGUAAAAUCAAACAUACCCGUGAAAGAUAUAAAUUACAACGUAGUCAUUAUAAAUAGUCUGAUUGAUAUUAGCGCAAUUCAAAGUGAAUUAGAGAAGAUUGAUGCAGAUGAAGGUGCAAUGAUUUUGGUUUAUAGCAAUGGUUUUUGCCAGCUCAACAGACAACAAACUGACGAAACUUGUCCACCAGAAGGUAUCAUGUUUGGUUUUCAAGAUACAUACUAUUAUAUAGAAGGUCAUGUAGAUGGAAUCAUGGAUGCUUUGGGUCGAAUUUUAUCAGCCAAUACUUUAAUUAGUUUUGAUGCUAAGAGUGUUUUGGUGCACUUCAUGAGUCAAUAUGGCUUGUUUCCAGAAAGUCUUAAUAUUAUCGAUACGAAGAUCGGCUCCAGCCUUAUACGACCUGAUGAGCCACCAGAGAAUUUUUCUCAAAUGCAAGAGUUACUGGGCUUCAGUGCCCAAUUUACCAUCGCCACUGAUUGCGCUCUUCAGAAGGUAGCCUGGUACAUGACGCUUCUGAAGGAAUGCUCAAGCAAGCUGAAAUGUUUACUCCUAGAACAAGGGCUUUGGAAGGUUUUUGCUGACAUUGAGAUGAGGAUUGUACCUGUAAUCGCAGGUAUGGAAUAUCGAGGUAUAUCCGUGGACAUGACCAAAUUAAAGUCAAUGGAAGAUCUUUUACUGGCCCGUAUGAAAGAAAUUGAGGGCCAGUGUCACAAAGCAGCCGGAAGGGUAUUCCAAAUCAACUCAGCGGUCCAGGUGCGAGCCUUGAUCUACGACGAGUUGAAGCUCGACACCACCUCGAAUAUUAAGAUACGAGAGACCAUUUGUAAAGGAGCUAAAUCAACUUCAGAGGCAAUGCUGCGCUCGCUGGGCGCGGCGCACGCGCUGCCGCGGCUGGUUGUGGAAUACCGACACCUGCACAAGGCGCACGCCACCUUCCUGGCGGGGAUUGCCCAGCACGUGCGAGACGGGGUCGUUAGACCUACUUGGGACCAGACGGCGGCGGCCACGGGUCGCAUCGCCUCCAACAACCCGAACCUGCAAGCUAUUCCCAAAAUGCCCUUCAAUCUGAUCUUAUUCCCCAACGAUGACAAUAAAGGUAAGCAAUAAUGUUUAAACUUUCGCAGCGUGUACGUGGCGCGCGCCGGCCACUCGCUGCUGGCCGCCGACUUCAAGCACGUGGAGUGCCGCGUGUGGGCGCACCUGGCGGACGACCGGCGCCUGCUGGCCGCGCUGGCCAGCCCCGACCUGUUCCGCGAGCUGGCGGCCGACUGGCUGCGCCGGCCGGCGGGCGCGGUGUCGGCGGCGCAGCGCGAGCGCACCAAGCGCCUCGUGUACGGCGGGCUGUACGGCGCGGGCGCGCGCUCGCUCGCACUGCAGCUCGGCCUCGGCUACGACGAGGUGCUCGCCGCGCUGGCCAGCUUCAACAGCGCGUUCCCGGCGCUGCGGCGCUUCGGGCGGGCGGUGGCGGCGCGGGGCGCGCGGGGGGGCGGGCGCCUGGCCUGCGCCAGCGGCCGCGCCAGGGACUUCCCCCAGAUCCGCAGCGGGGACUUCCGCGCCAGGGCCCGCGCCGAGCGCCAGGCGGUGAACUUCAUUAUACAAGGCACGGCGGCGGACCUGUGCAAGCUGGCCAUGGCGCGCGCGGCCGAGCGCCUGCGGGCACCGCUGCUGCUGCAGAUACACGACGAGCUGCUGUGGGAGCUGCCGCGCCAGCAACUCCACGCCGCCGCGGUUAUCAUCAAAGAAGCCAUGGAAAACUGCGGGAAAUUACUCGGCAUGUCUCAAGCUUUCCCUGUGGAGAUGUACAGUGGCCCUAACUGGGGAGAAAUGGAGCCAUUUCUGCCCACCCUCCCACAAUAAUAUAGUCACAUCUAUAUACUAAGUAUUACUGCACUAUUUUAUUAAAUUGUAACAUUUACCAUUCAUUUGUACAAAAAAUAAAUAAUACAAAUAUAAAAAUACACUCUUAUUGUACACUACACUACCACUAGUAGUUUCAUUUCAUUUUUAGUGGGUGGUAAGAUAAAACUAUUUUUAGAGCUGUCAAUUUAGUUUUAGAGACACUGUCCUCUAUUAGUAUAAUAGAAGUCAGUGUCGUGUUGUGUUCGUUAGAACUUACUUUAUCCUAACCUGAGCGUUUCUCCAUGGCACUGACAUCUUAGACACGUAAACUUUGACAUCUCUCCUACAGAGAUUGUAAAUUUUCUCUAAAAAUAGAGAUUACUCAUUAAUAUGUUUUUAGUAACUGAAAGGUCGUUAUGUAUCGCAUG